AUGGGGCCCACACAGGACCAGGGAAUACUCCUGGGGCUGGGGGUGUCUCCAGCACCAGAGCAACCCCCUUGUAGACCCCUUCAUGCCAAGGCCGAGCAGCACCUCAUGUGUGAGGAGCACGAGGAUGAGAGGAUCAACAUCUACUGCCUGCGCUGCGAGGCGCCCACCUGCUCCCUGUGCAAGGUGUUUGGGGCGCACAAGGACUGCGAGGUGGCUCCGCUGCCGGCCGUCUACCAGCGCCAGAAGAGUGAGCUCAGCGACGGCAUCGCCAUGCUGGUGGCGGGGAACGACCGGAUCCAGGCCAUCAUCACACAGAUGGAGGAGAUCUGCCACACCAUCGAGGAGAACGGCCGGCGGCAGAAGCAGCACGUGGGGCUGCGGUUUGAUGCGCUGUACGGGAUCCUGGAGGAGCGGAAGAAGGAGCUGCUGCAGAGCAUCGCAGCCGAGCAGGAGGCCAAGCUGCAGCGUGUCCGUGGGCUCAUCCGCCAGUACGGAGACCACCUGGAGGCCUCCUCCAAACUGGUGGAGUCAGCCAUCCAGGCCAUGGAGGAGCCCCAGAUGGCCGUGUACCUGCAGCACUCCAAGGAACUCCUGAAAAAGAUCACAGACAUGUCCAAGGCAUCAAUGAGCAGCCGCCCUGAGCCUGGCUACGAGAAUAUGGACCACUUCUCCAUCAACGUGGACUACGUGGCUGAGAUGCUGAGGACCAUCGAGUUCCAGACAGAGCCACUGGGCGAGGAUGAGGGUGAUGGACCUGGGGACGGCAGUGAGGCCACAACGGAUGAGGACCGGCUGGACAGCCUGGAGGUGCCUGAAGCUGCUGAAGAUGUGGGGCCGAGGCAGAAACCAGCGAGUUCUCCCCACGGUCAGCACUGAAGUGAAGCCGUGGGGUAGCGCUGGCAUGCCCUCAGCUAUGGCUGUGUCUGUCACCCCUGCCCCGGCUGUGGCCAUCCCUGGCACUCUCGAGCUCCAUCCCUGCUGCUGGAAUUCCCCAAAUGGGCGCUGCCCCUCUACAACAUUAAAAGUGUGUGACACGUU